AUGUCCACCAGCUGCCGAAGACGUCUUAUCCGUGACUUCAAGCGUUUGUCGAGUGAUCCGCCCAGCGGAAUCUCAGGCAGCCCAUGCCCCGACAACAUCAUGCUAUGGAACGCGGUGAUCUUCGGCCCAGCGGAGACGCCGUUCGAAGAUGGCACCUUCCGGCUGCUGCUCACGUUCGACGAGUCCUACCCGACGAAGCCGCCAACCGUGCGCUUCCUCUCGCGCAUGUUCCACCCCAACGUCUACGCCAACGGCGAAUUGUGCCUCGAUAUCCUCCAGAAUCGGUGGUCACCGACGUACGACGUCGCUGCGAUCCUCACGUCCAUUCAGAGUCUUUUGCACGACCCGAACCCGGCCAGCCCUGCGAACGCCGAGGCUGCGCAGUUGUACCGCGAGAAUAUGAAGGAGUAUGUUUAUCGUGUGCGCGCGACAGUCGAGGAGAGCUGGAUGGAUCCGGAGGAUGAGCAGGAGGGCGGGGAUGGGGAGCAAGAGGUAUAG